CUGGUAGCCUGGUAACAUACACUCCCAGGUCUUCCUCUGCCUCUGUGGUGGAUAGUGGAGUGUUUCCCAUGUGGUAUUGGUGUGCUGGAUAUCCCUUCACUGGUAGCCUGGUAACAUACACUCCCAGGUCUUUCUCUGCCUCUGUGGUGGAUAGUGGAGUGUUUCCCAUGUGGUAUUGGUGUGCUGGAUAUCCCUUCACUGGUAGCCUGGUAACAUACACUCCCAGGUCUUUCUCUGCCUCUGUGGUGGAUAGUGGAGUGUUUCCCAUGUGGUAUUGGUGUGCUGGAUAUCCCUUCACUGGUAGCCUGGUAACAUACACUCCCAGGUUUUUCUCUGCCUCUGUGGUGGAUAGUGGAGUGUUUCCCAUGUGGUAUUGGUGUGCUGGAUAUCCCUUCACUGGUAGCCUGGUAACAUACACUCCCAGGUCUUUCUCUGCCUCUGUGGUGGAUAGUGGAGUGUUUCCCAUGUGGUAUUGGUGUGCUGGAUAUCCCUUCACUGGUAGCCUGGUAACAUACACUCCCAGGUCUUUCUCUGCCUCUGUGGUGGAUAGUGGAGUGUUUCCCAUGUGGUAUUGGUGUGCUGGAUAUCCCUUCACUGGUAGCCUGGUAACAUACACUCCCAGGUCUUUCUCUGCCUCUGUGGUGGAUAGUGGAGUGUUUCCCAUGUGGUAUUGGUGUGCUGGAUAUCCCUUCACUGGUAGCCUGGUAACAUACACUCCCAGGUCUUUCUCUGCCUCUGUGGUGGAUAGUGGAGUGUUUCCCAUGUGGUAUUGGUGUGCUGGAUAUCCCUUCACUGGUAGCCUGGUAACAUACACUCCCAGGUCUUUCUCUGCCUCUGUGGUGGAUAGUGGAGUGUUUCCCAUGUGGUAUUGGUGUGCUGGAUAUCCCUUCACUGGUAGCCUGGUAACAUACACUCCCAGGUCUUUCUCUGCCUCUGUGGUGGAUAGUGGAGUGUCUCCCAUGUGGUAUUGGUGUGCUGGAUUUCCCCUCCCAAGGUGCAGGACUUUACAUUUUUCUUCACUGAAUUAUAGCAGCCACUUGUUGUUCUGUUCCUGUAGCUUGGUGAGGUCUUCUGCUAGGAAAUCCACAGUCAAGGGGUUAAGUUGUGGCACCUCCUCCUGCUCCUGCUCCUGCUGUCCUCCUCGGCUGGUCACUGCUGGCACUGUUGCGGCACCCUUGCCUAGCCAAGCCUUUAGAAUGAGCCUGAGGUUGUCCACACUCUCACUAAAUUAUUGCAAUAUACACACAAGUUUUCAUGGUAUUAAUAAUGGAAAUAAUGAUGUGUGUUUGAGUAGCAGUGCUCUUGUUAGUAGUGUUAUUACUACUACUACUACUACUACUACUAAUACUACUAUUACUACUACUACUAAUAGUCACUGGGUUUUCUACAUCAUAAUUUCUACUAUUGGACUUUCUACACCAGGUUUUUCUCUAAUAAGUUCCCUACUGCCCAUACUACUACUACUACUACUCUUACUACUACUACAACUACUACUACCACUACUACUACUACUACUACCACUACUACUAUUACUACUACUACUACUACCACUACUACUACAGCCCUAACUCCAAUACGAUCACUGGGUCUUCUAUAACCUCCCUCCCUCCCUCCCCUCACUUCCCUAAGGUCACUGGUCAAGCUGAGGAGGUCAAGACAAAAACACCAGAGUACGAAUGAAACACUUUAUGAAAACAUGAAGUACGGGACAGUUUUUCAUACAUAUUGGUCGACGCAACACUGUGGUGCUUCGUGUCGGGGUAGGCAGCACACACACACACACACACACACAUACAGUACCAUUACCCAGACUGUAUGUGUGAUUAUACUUUCCAAACACACACACACACAUACAGUACCAUUACCCAGACUGUAUGUGUGAUUAUACUUUCCGAACACACACACACACACAUACAUACAGUACCAUUACCCAGACUGUAUGUGUGAUUAUACUUUCCAAACACACACACACACACACACACACAUACAUACAGCACCAUUACCCAGACUGUAUGUGUGAUUAUACUUUAUAAACACACACACACACACACACACACACACACACAUACACAGCUCAUUCGGGAAGGGUACUGGCUAGGGGGUUGUGAGUUACAUACACACACACACACACACACACACACCUAUAAGUAAUUAGCUUCAGGUAAAACAAGUUGGGUCAUCACAGCUACUCAAAGACUCCAAACUCUUUAAGUAAACAUUGCCUGCAUCCACCCACUGCAUUCCUCAUUAUUAACAUUCAUCAUGGUCGCCUUGACGGGCACUGAGCUACACUCCUCCAGUCCUGUCCAAAGCAUUAACACUAUGGGCCUUAGUCUUCUACAUUUUGGCACCCUGGCACACACCUUUGGCAAGGCUUUCAUAGGAGUUCUGGGCCUCUCUAUGGGUAGCUUCAUAACCCUGAUGAUAGUUUUGCAAGGCCUCUGUACUAUCAACCUGAAAGAGCGCUCAUGAGAACCCAUUUGAUCUCCUCUUCAGCCUCUGGAAGUAGUUUAUGUGAGAGGCAGAAGCGUUUAAUAAUACCGAUCUAAAACAGCCUAAAACAUUCACCGCCAGAUCAGGCAGUGUAUUGACCUAGUUCUGGUGUACAGGGCAUAAACUACCCUCGUCUGGUCCUGUUCUCAGCCUUAACACAGCCCUAAUAAAACAGCCCAACACAUUCUGGCCUCCUACAGUCUGUUUCAUGAGAGCUGACGGGGCUAAUCCUUCAGGGGCGGACUCGUGGACUUGGCAUCAUUGCUUGGAUGACUGUCUCUGCAUCACUCACUGGCUGCUGUUUACUAGAUCUAGCCUUACGUGACAUAGCCUUCUAUCGCGCUCUCUGCUAUCUUUUUACCCAAACAGUGAUAGAUUAGAGUGUAUCUACCUAGUUGUGGUGUACAGGGCAUGAACUACACUCCCUGGUCCUGUCCUCAGCCCUGACACAGCCCUAAUACAACAGCCCAACACAUUCUGGCCUCCUGGUAGCAUGUAUGGACCUAAACAGCGCCAGAUCAGACAGUGUAUCUACCUAGGUGUGGUGUACAGGGCCUGAACUACACUCUUCUGGUCCUGUCCUCAGCUGCCCCCCUCCCUUUACCCCUGAAAAUACUGCCAAGACAUGCCUGGCUACACUGUCCCUCCCUUUACCCCUGAAAAUACUGCCGUCGCUUGUGCUUGUGAGGAAGAGAGUAAUGUCGGAGUAGUAUUAAGGAGGAGGAGGAGGAGCAAGAAAACAAAAAUAUAUGAAGAAAAGUGGGAAGAAAAAAAUUAAAAGAGUAAAUAAGGAGGAGGAGGAGGAGGAGGAGUGUUGAAUAAGAACAAGAGAAGGAAAAACAAAAAAAUAUGAAUAAAAAGCAGGAAGAAAAAGAAUAAUAGAGAGCAAAUAAGGAGAAACUAAUACAAAAUGAGAGAAAAGGAAACACAGGGACGGGGAAAUUGAUUGGCGUCCGUGAGGGAAACCGUUCUCGCCCCGCACACAAGACUACAGCACAGUAACACCCCACACAGCCAGGCUAAACGCACUUCCCUGAUGCCUUUGCCUAUGUCCGGGAGCUUAUAACACCAAUACAAGCCUGCCGUCACUUGGGUUUGUGAGCAUAAGGUUAUCAGUGUCUGUGAGGGAAGCCUUUCUUGCCCCGCACACAAGACUACAGCACAGUAACACCCCACACAGCCAG